AUGCCUAUCAAGGUCAAAUCCAAGAAGCUGCCUGCCCCCCGCGAGGGCAGUCCCAUCUCCAUCAGCCACCACGAUUAUGAACGCGACCUUCCCGACAUUGCGACUGACGAUUGCUUCCGCGACGUCGUCAAGAAGCUUUCACUGUACUUUGUUGAAGCCAUUGAGCUGCCAAGCACCUUUGAACAGCUGAGGACCACAGCUGCGGGGACUUCUCUGCGUAUCUUGGUGGACCAUCUCGCUGCGACGUGCACCAACCCUGGAAUUGUCAAUGCUCUACUAGCUCUUAAAUGGCAUUAUGCAUCUUCAUCAGAUCACCGCACUCUAGGGGAGUCGCGGGCAGAUGCCUGUGAAAUUGUCGCAUGGCGCUUUUUAACUCGACUCUCUGAGCGUGAAGCAGUUAAUUUCUGUCUUUACGAGAUACCUGACUCUGACGAAGAUGACGAAACCGAGCCUGCAGGUAAUGGCCAUACUGGAGACGUGGAAGCUGGCGAAACUGCACCUCUGCUCUCCCAUUUUCGCAAUGUCGACAAUCGCCGUCGCGGACCAGGCCCUGCUGGAAGCAGCAUGAAGCGCAAUCAGUUGCUGAGUUCUCUCUCUCGCUUGACUAUGACAUCUGAUGAUGAGGAUGACGAGGACGAAGGCGACCCAACUUCUUCAUUCAGGAAUCUCAAUGCCCUGGAGAUCGCAGCUAUCGCCGAUGCCAAACGCUUCCUGAGCCAGCAUAUCGUUCAGAAGAUUAUUACCGCUAUUUGGAGUGGCGAUAUUGUCUUUUGGGAUAGUCUUUCAGUGCAUUCCGUCAAAAAGGUCAGGUUCUAUAACCCUAGAACUGCGGACCCCUUUUCUCGCUUGCGCGUUCCCAAGUAUCUCAAGAUCUGGGAGGUAUUCUUCUUCUGCAUUUUUCUUGCUUUGUACUACGCCGUACUCAUUGUACGAGAUGAGACACGCAUCACGAUCCCUGAGGUGGUCCUUUUCUCAUGGAUAGCGGCCUUCUUCUAUGACGAACUCAGCGAGUGGCUUGAUGCGGGCUCUAUCUUCUACGCUACAGAUAUCUGGAACUUGUUCGACAUGAUCAUGAUCACCAUCGGGUUUGCCUUUGGUAUCUUGCGUGUUAUUGGUAUUGUCCAAGACAAACCCGAGCUGAGUGAACUUGCAUUCGAUAUUUUGGCACUCGAGGCACUGUUUAUGAUUCCCCGCAUCUUCUCCAUCCUCAGCCUGAGCCCUGCUUGGGGUACACUGAUUCCAUGUCUGAAGGAGAUGGGUAAGGACUUCUUCAAGUACAUGGUGCUCGUUGUUGUCGUGUAUUGUGGAUUCCUGACGACCUUUUCACUCGUGGGCCGUGAUGUCUUUGCAUUCAAAUCAAUGGCAUGGAUCUUGACAAAGAUCUUUUAUGGCUCAGCCCCCAUCGGAUUCGAGGUGAUGAAUCAGAUCGAUCCAUUCUUUGGACCUCCCCUGAUGAUCAUCUUCAUUACACUAUCCAGCUUCCUGUUGAUGGGCUCCUUGACAGGUAUGCUGUCCAACAGCUUCUCGCGGGUUAUCACCCACGCUAAGGAGGAGUAUCUGUACGUGUACAGCGUCUAUGUCUUGGAAGCGUCGACUAGCAAUCGGCUCACCCAUUUCUUUCCUCCAUUCAACCUGUUGGCUUUGGUGCUUAUUAGGCCAUGGCGCCUCUUCUUUACAGCCGAUGAGAAGUUCCGUGCUGGACGAAUUAUGCUCCUCAAGGCGACUCAUUGGCCGAUUGUUAGCAUCAUCAGACUAUAUGAGCGAUAUCGCAGGCCAAACGCCGUUGGAGACGAAUUUGCUGGAUUCAAAGGUCCUUCGAAAUCUUCUCUGCGCAACGGUAGGCAGGCGAUUACCCAGAAGCGAUCUACCUCUACUGUCGGCCGCCAAGCACUUUCGUCUCCAAGAGGAAGAGCGACCGGUCAAAUCAUUGAGCUGCGUGAGGAUGAUAUAGACGCCCCUACAGCUGUGGAGGUUCAGCUCAACGAGCUGAAUCGCAAGAUCGAUCAGCUUACUGCAACUAUUCUAGCGAUCCAAGAAAAGCAGGGAGGAGAGAACGGCAGUGCAAGCUCUAGUACGAGUGCCACUGCCGCCUAA